AUGACGCAGCCCACCCCUCCCGACCAACAAUCUGCUGUGAUAUCCUCACAACCAGCAUCCAUGGCACCAAGGGGGCCCCCCCCCCUUGGUGAGCUCAUCGUUAAAACUCUGGCCUCGUCCAAGGAGCGGAGCGGCGUGUCCGCUGCCGCCCUCAAGAAGGCUCUGGCUGCCGGAGGCUACGAUGUGGAUAAGAACAAUACCAGCGUCAAGACCACCAUCAAGAGCCUGGUGGCUAAGUGGACUCUGGUCCAAACAAAGGGGACCGGGGCCUCCGGCUCCUUCAAGAUGAAUGAGAAGGCUGUCGAGACGAAAGCUAAGAAGCCAACCAAGAAAGCCGCUCCUAAAGCCAAGAACAAGCCCGCAGCCAAGAAACUCACAGCGGCCAAAAAGCCCAAGGCAGCGGCAGCCAAGAAGCCAGCAGCAGCAGCAAAGAAAUCCCCGAAGAAGGCGAAGAAAUCCGCAGCGGUUAAGAAAGUGGCCAAGAGUCCCAAAAAGGCUACCAAGAGUCCUAAGAAGGUGGCCAAAAAGUCCACUGCAGCCAAGAAAGCCCCCGCAAAGAAGGCUGCCAAGCCCAAAGUGAAGAAGACAGCAGCACCUAAGAAGUGAGCUGUAAUCGGCUCUGAACUAAAGCUCCGACCAAAAGCUCUUUUAAGAGCCAGCCACAUCAUUUUUAAAGAGCGUUUUCCUGUUGUUUCUUAUUGUCAUUAACAGCAGACAUUUGUGGAUGUAAGAGGAGGAAGAGUAAUUCCUAGUUCAAUGCUUAUUCAUUUGAAGUUCUUACAUAUUCAAUAUCCCAAUUAAGUAGGCUAUUUUUGGUUUAAUUAGGUUUAAUUUAUAAAUAUUUAAACCUACGGUAAUUUAGAGGAGGUAAAUGAAGUAGGAAAAGUAUGACGUAGCCUAGGCUAAAUGGGCUUUAUUUAGCCUACUGCUGUAUCAUACAGUAGGCUAUUAUUUAUCUGUGAAUUUAAUACAUAACGUGAAUUUAAUAACAAAAUUCCAUAUUCAGACUCAGGCCAGCCUAUUUUUUUAUUAUUACAUAUUUGAUAGCUUGUUUAAAAUCAUGCAGAGUCAAGGUUAGCAAAAUGUGACGUUUUGACUUAAUAGUGCUUAAAAAACGCACUUCAAAAGGUGCAGUAGCAGUUUCAGUUAUAGAUAGCACAAUGUUACCAUCCCAGUGUUUCUGAAGACAUCUUAUAGAUAUGAUGGUAUUUCAAAACCGAGAUGCAUGUGUACUUUUACUUAACAUUGUUUUUAAAAACUCAGAUGCAUGUGUACUUUUACUUAACAUUGUUUUUAAAAACUCAGAUGCAUGUGUACUUUUACUUAACAUUGUUUUAUUUUAACAAAUGUGAAGCUAUGUAUGAGUUAAGGAAGAUAACCAACAAAUUAGUGCCUGUCAUGCACGGUAAGAUAACAUAAUUGUGACGACCAGAGGGUGCUGUUGGACGAGAUAAGAUGUGGCCCCUUAAGAGGGGCUCGUUGGGGCAAACCAGUACAUUGUUUUAACCUUAUGGGAAGUCACUAACAGUGCCUAUAAGUGUGGGUAGGUUUUUCAAAGCACACUUGAUUAACGAGGUUGUCCCAUCACCCAACUCAAUACAUUGCUGCCAAUUGCUUAAGCAGAGCUUUUUGAAAUAUUCACAUACAAGUAUGUCACAACAGCCACACCACAUUACAAUUAAAAUCAAUUUUGUCUCUGACUCUGGAGUCAGUGAAUGAGACCACACUAUGUCCCCAAAUAAAACCUUCAGUCCUGGAUGUAUGGCUUCCAUAUGGAUGAAUUGUGUAAUACAUUACAAGAAUACAGUCAUACAGAAAUGCUGCUGCAUCCAAACCGUCCUUUUGUGUGGAAACCAACUAAGCAGAAAUCAUAUGAAUAGUGGAAAGUGUAUCUAUAAGUAGCCUACCAUUACUUAAUCAGUGUGGUGUAGCCUACUCUUAACAUAGACUUGCUUAAUCACCACUGUCACUUUACCUUUAAACUUUUGUCUCCAUAUGCUUUUGUAUAGUUUCUAUUUAUAACUUUUAUUUUACUUAUCUUCGUUUGAUAUACAUGUAGGCUACUGUAUAUAACCUACAUCAUAUGACAUUUUUUUUUACUUUCUCUAUUUAUUUGUACUAUUUCUGUCUUUGUGCUGCUGUAACCGCUCUAUUCAAUCAAUAAAGGGGGUAAAUAGGUUUAA